AUGGCUUCAUCUUCGCCCAUAGACCCGGCCACGCGCAAGAGGGUCCUCAAGGUCAUUGCCGUGUCGCUUCUUCUCGAUCUGAUCUCCUUCACCUUCAUCCUGCCACUGUUUCCGAAACUGCUCGAGUUCUACCGCGAUCGCGAGGCGCCUUCCACCAUAUCCGGCAACCCACAGACGCUCCUACAAAAUGUCAUUACCUACUUGAACAAAUACAAGGCGUCCUUCUCGCGCCCUAUCGACUCUCGCUACGACAUUGUCCUGCUCGGCGGCGCCCUGGGCAGCCUCUUCUCACUCUUGCAAGCCGUCGCAUCGCCCAUCAUUGGCCACCUCUCCGACCGUCAUGGCCGCCGGACCGCCCUGCUCGCGUCCAUGAUGGGCAACAUUGUUUCUGUCCUCCUCUGGGUGUGCGCGGUUGACUUUCGCACAUUCGUCGCCUCGCGCGUCGUCGGCGGCCUGUCCGAGGGCAACGUCCAGCUCGCGACGGCCAUGGCGACGGACAUUUCGGAUGACGCCUCCCGAGGCUCGACCAUGGCGCUCAUCGGCGCGUGCUUCAGCAUCGCCUUCACCUUUGGGCCCGGGCUCGGCGCCUGGCUCAGCACCAUCUCCACCGUCCGCGAAAACCCCUUUGCCACCGCCGCCGGCGUCAGCCUCGCGCUCAUCGUCACCGAGACGGUCUACCUCUACUUCUGCCUGCCCGAGACCCUUCCUGCACUUACCGGGCUUGGCAAGACGGCAGGCGACGACAAGAAGAAGAAGAAGAAUGACGAAGUGCAG